GACUUCCACGACUUGUUGAAUCUCGUCAUUGGCGAUGAUAAGGCUCAAGAAGAUAGCCGCAGUGGCAACACUUCUGGUGAAGCCGAGCUGACGUGCGGAUUGUUCGGUUUGGUAAUGACUCUUAGGCUUAUAGCUGAUAUGGAGCGAAAGGUGUGGGUUCAGUGCUGGCUUUGCAGUCUUAACAAAUUCCUCUGGCUUGCCCAAAAAGAAGAUAAAUUGGUUGAUGCUUUGAUUCAGAAUCGCUGA